UGAGCGGCGGAUAUAGCCACUCAACGGAAAAGAAUAGAACUUUCGUCGUUGCAAUUUGCCUAGGCUAUGAGGCUAUCUGAGAUAUUGUACGUCGUUUUUUAAUACUUCAAAGAACAUAUUUACAAACAAACAUCAAUAUCUUGACUUUUUUUAUUCUCGCUGAACACGCCAUAAAUACCUUAAUUCCAAAAAGUCCUCCAGGGUCUUUUGACCGAUGCCCAAGAGCGUUCCAGUGGUCUUAUUGUUCCUUUCGUUCGCACAUGUGCGUUUGUUUACAUCGAAAUAAGUGCGUAAAAAAUAGCAGAUAAAUAUGGAUAAGAAUAAAAUGAAGCCGUUGUGGAAUUAUUUGCAUCUGGAUCGUCCUCCUACGUCGAUUUGGCGUCCAAAGCCUGGGGAUUUUGAACUUUUACCAUUCAUAUCGACUAUCAAUAGAGCUCUGGAAGAUAUUUCAUGCCAGGGUCAACUUAAUACAGAGGCUGCCAUCCUCAGCCGUUUGAUUUACAGAAUGAAAAGUAAAUUCAGGGCUGACAAGGGACUAAAGAGUAUGGAAAAGGUCAACAGUGCUCUCCUUAAUUAUUUGAAGUUGUCGAUAGAGAGAGAUUAUGAAUAUCUAAAGUCAAAUACUGCGUUUAACGAAAAAAGUGCAAUAUUACCAAGUCGCCAAAUGGUUGAAUAUGUUUUGGUAAGAACCCAGGGCUUUGCGAAGCUCAUGUGCCGGAUCGAGAGUGUCGCCAGGACUGCUGCUCAUUUUUUGAAAAAUAGAAUCAAUCUUGGACAGGCUUGGACUGUCUCAGUUAUCGCAUAUUCAGUCAUCUCGAGAAUUUGGUUGCUCUCCCGGUAUUUAUUGAGAAGAUGUUGUAAUUGGUAUAAUGAUUUAUACUCUUUUGCGAAGCACUUGAGACCAAUAGGAGUUGAAUGGAUGUCACGGGAACAGACUUUGCCAUCAGAUCUCAAAACUUGGAUUGCAGUUCCCUGGAUUGAUGAGCACAUUCAAUGCCCAACUGAAUCACAAGUAUCCAAGUCUAUAUUUAGUUUGAUAACAGCAAGUGAAGACAAAGAAUUUGUACACACAAGAAGACAAGAAAUGGAACAAACAGUCGAACAUGAUGAAAUCCAGAUGGCAAUGGACAAUUCGUAUGCUGCUUCUGAUGUUGAUGAGAGAAUACCACGAGAAUCUUUGUCCGGUUCAACGGCCAUUCCAACAAGGUCAAAAAGAGACAACAGUCCCAUAGAAUAUAUAAUGGAAAAGCAGAAAUCUAACCAAAAUAAUAUUCCCCUCAACGUCAUGCCUGAUCUUGGUGAGAAACUAGCACGGGAAUGCUUUACUUCAAUUGCAUCAAAUACAAUGAAGCCGCACGUGAAUAAUAAUAUCUCAGCAAAAUCAAUGAAGAAGCUGAAAAUGAAAAAAAAAUCAAAGGACGCAACUCAAUCGAAAUCUGCGCUUAAUAUUGAUGGCAAUGGAGAGUUAUCACGAGAAUCUGCGAUAUUCCAAUCUAAAUUACCGCAGACACAAAAAAAGCGGAAGUUCGCACUCAGUAAAAUAAAAACGAAGGAAGACUUAUGCCAGCUGUUACAGCAAAACACUUACCCAGGCCUUGACAAAUUACAAUGGAACAUAUUAAAAAAAAGUAUCAAUAAGACAGUACGAAAAUUAGAAAAGUGCCCCGCAACUUCAACAAAAUAUAAAAUACUACUCAACCGGGCCAUACGUUCAAUACGAGACUGCGUUAGUUAAUGUAACUGAAAAAGUGAAACCUGACUU